GUAUCUGUAUAUCAUACGGGCGAGAUACCGAACAUAGUUCGGUUGGUCACUUCUUGUGGCUGCACGAAACAUUGUGAAAAUUAACGUGUUUUUUCUGAAUAAUUAGCGCAGAAGCCGGAGCUGUGAAGCUAAAUAAUUACCUUCAGAAAUCCAGUGUGACAGGUAAGCUGUCUUGCUGUGGCGGAAAGUGAUCUCAACAUCGUUAUCAUACGGCCCCUGCCGCGUUAUCAGUGUCAGUAUCAAGGACAGAUUAUAGAAGAAAGAUAUAGAAGUGAGCAAGAUUAAUGCUGAAUUAAAAAUAUGAAAUGCUGUCGUAGGCUGUUAUCCUAUCGCUGGAAACUUGAGCUUUUCGCGCAACACUCACUUGCGGACGGUUUACACCACGAUGAACGGCAGCUGACCGACCAGACGACUGCCAUUAGCUAGCUUCGAUAGGUUGCAGUGCAGCCCCCGCUUCUCAGUCGAUCGUUCAUCGUUGAAGUGUACAGUCAUAUAUCAGUUGAGGGUGGAUCAGACGUAUUGACCUUCGACAGGCAGUUAAAUUCCUAGAUAGUGCAUUAUUCAAUGAUUCAGAAUUAUCUGUGUGUGAAAAAGGUAUUAUCAAUCGCUUAAUCGUCCAUCAGUGCUUCGUUGUGUGAAGAAGUGAACAGUUUUAAGGCAGUUUAACACUGUUUGUGGUGGGACCAAAUGGAAAGUACUUUCAACUUAUCGUCCAGCGAACAAAAAAUUGGUUGUCCUCGAAACUCGUAUCGGUAGUAUUGGUAUCAACUAGUGUGUGCAGGGCUACCAAUCAUCAGCACCAUCAUCAUCCUUCAGGUGGUUUGCGUGCGAUCCUCUUUCGAUCGGUACCUGUGCCGCAAGGUAGCAGCAAAAGAUGUGGUGAAUAAGUCCCAGUCGAAUAGGAGUGAAAGAGAAACAAGCAAUAAUAAACCCAGUUGAGGAGUGAAACCAGUAAUCAGCCAACUGUGGAAAACACGCGAAAAGUUGACUGAGUUGACGAGUGUGCGUUCCGAAGGAGAGCGACGAGACAAAACUUUGUGUUUUUUUUGCGUGAAUUGUUUCGGUUCGGGUUAAAGAACAUUUCUACCAUCGAAGGAUAUUGCGUUUACAGAAAGUCACACAAUGUUGAAGAGCAAAGUACCCGAAGAGAAGGUCACUCUGUUGUCUACCAACCAGAUACCGAUCAUCGAUCUGGCACAUUGCGGUACCGAAGAAUGUCCGAUCCGGUCCGUCGUAAAUCGUGUCGGAGGCCAACUAUUACGCGCUUUGUCGGAGAAAGGAGUCGCCCUGCUGGUUAAUCACGGAAUUCCAGAAGAAAAGAUUAAACUUGCCUACAGUCAUCUGGACGAUUUCUGCAAGCUGUCGGAUGACACCAAGGAGCAGUACCUCCGGAAGGACGGUAACCACGGUUACGUAAAGCCCGGACAGGAACGGUUCGAUGGCAAAACGAAGGAUCUUCGCCACACGUUCAAUAUCUGCACUCUGAAGCCGGAAGCACCGCUACCUGAGGAACCACUGCCAGGAUUCCGGGAGCACAUAUCUGACCUAGCGCAAGAUUUUCAACGCUUGUCGGCGCUGCUACUGCAAGCUCUUGCUGUAGGCCUAGAUCGGCCCUACAAAUAUUUUCUGGAAAAGCAUUCCCAUAUUCUGGAUGGGGAAAGCGAAAACCAGUCCACAUUCCGUCUGCUCUAUUAUCCACCGUUGAUCGUGGAUGACGGCCAGAACGAACUGCUUCGAGGUAUCUGCCACUAUAGCCAGCAACGAUGCGCGAAGGAUGAAAUUGAUCUCUCCAUUCCUGAGGACUACAAAAAAAAGAUGGCUGAAGAAGAGGAAGCGCAGUUUACUCGCUGUGGGGCUCACUGUGAUUACGGAACGUUUACCCUGCUGGUUCAGGACUGCGAAGGGGGCCUCGAAGUUAAGCUACCCGGUACGGAUAAGUGGAAACGUGUUGGCCAUCUGCCGGGAGCGAUUCUAAUCAACGCCGGUGAACUAUUGGCACUUUGGACGAACGAAAAGAUUCCAGCUCUGUCUCAUCGAGUUGUGAUACCACAAGAAGAGGCAUUAAAGCAUCGUGGCAGACAUUCGAUAGCGUUCUUUGUUCAUCCAGAUAAUUGCACCGACAUCGAACCGAUUGAGUUGCCCAGCUCGAGCUCCUCCAACUCGCUUGACUCGAUCGAAAAGAAGCAGAAAAAUCGUAAAAAGUCCUUUAAAACGGCAAAGGCUAAAAUUUACAAUGCCUAUCAACACGUGCAACGUCGUUUCAAGGAAACGUACGCUUCCUAACAGCAGUGCCAGAAUACACCGCCACCAGUACCAAUCUGCAGGCUAUGGAAUCGCGCAGAUGCGGAAAGACCGCUUCCAUCGACUUACUUAUUUUAUUUCACUUUGUGACUAGCGAAAAAUUAACUUAAACUUAGAAUAAAAAAAACACCUACUAACUCACAGCUGUCAUUGCUAACAGCGUCGAAGGUUGUGAAUGUAGGUACACAGUGAGCGAUUUUUCACUCGGAGUGUAGCUAUUUAGCCGUUUGUCCAUCAAUCAAGCUGAUAGGCGAAUGAACAUCGCAUUCACGAUAGCUGUGAUUAUCGGGGCGGUUUUGAUACCUUUGGAAGUGAGACGAGACUAUUUUUGCAGUAGAUGGUACUCUCCGCAGCCUAAAUACGUUUUGUCUGAGCUCCGAUAUCCUCCUAAAUCACCAUGAAAUUUAUAUAUGUAUGCGAUAAUGCUAUGCCACGAACGUGAUUCUUCAUCAUGAUGCUCGUUUGAAUGUUUCCCACCUCAGCAGCUUACGGUUGAUUGACGAAAAAGCAUAAGUUAGUCUUGUAUGGUUGAUUGUGUCUAUAUGAGAGGAGGAAAAUUGGAUUGUGUAACAAAACUUGAUAACGAAAGUUGGCCUGAGCAUAAAUUAAUUUUAUACAGUU